AUGCCAUUCAAAAUUAUUCAAACGAUCGAAGCCGGGGAAAUUUGCCUUAGUGUUGUACCUAGUGGCUGGGAAGCCAAUGGGAUCUUGCGGUGGCCGAAAAAGCACCUGGUAGGAAAAUUGUCCCAGAUCGAAACAUCCACUGCAGAUGAUAAAUGGGAAAAGAUGAACUGUGUCAGGAAAAGGGAAUUUAAGACACGUAAGGAACCUGAUGAUGAACUUGAUCGGAUGGAAACACGACAUGAUACCGAAGUGGAAGAUAUUCCACUGGCACCUCCAAAGAAGCGUGUGCGUCGUGAGCCCUCAAGGAAAGUAUUUGCAGCGAAAGACUUUAACAACCUCUUAGACACUCAAGAAGAAUUUGAAGCGGAAAGCAACGCUGAAUCCAAUCCUGUCAACAAUGCAUGUAUUACAGCUCCUGUGAAUGAUCAACAGCUGCUCUAUGUCACGGAGAACGUUCACACGGAGGGAAUAGCAGAACACAAUGAAUCAUCCCAAAUCUUCUUACUGACUGGUGACGAUGGAAUUAACAAUAGAAACUUGGAAACUGUACUGGUAAAUCAACGUACUAUUCUGGAAAAUCAGUCGAAAAUCAUGCAAGCCCUAGCGAAGAUUCAAACCGGACAGGAAUACGCUAUGACUCAUUGCCAUUACAGUGCGUCCCAAAAUAAUGCUAUUUUGGCUAAACGGCAUGUUCAGCAUGUAUUGUCCCCAGCCGAUUCGGUGGAUGAACUGGAAGCUUUGGAAAGGUCUUUGGAGGAUGAAACACUGAUGCAGCAAUUUUCAAGUGGAAUGAGUUACAUAUGCGGCGUCACUGGCAAAGCUCAAGGAACGGAUGGUUGUUACAAGUUAAUUGAUUACUUUUUCACCCGAAAGUUUCUCACUCAAUGCUCAUGGACAGGAACGAUGCGACAGGCUGAUAGAAAUUCACAGCAGGAGCCGUCAACUUGUGGAGUUGCUACGACAAAGGUACCAUUGAAAUUCUUCAAAAACACACGUGCGCUGUUUCUGAAUUUGAUUGUACAAGCUGACAAUCAGUUUUCGGAGCUUUAUUGCGACAAAUUCUUCAAAACGAUCCUUAAGAACAGUAAGCAGCGACUCUCCUCAAAGUUCCUGACGUCGAAGCAUAAGAACAGGCCUACAAAAAUGAAGUACAACAAAUCCGGGCCAACGGCUACGUUUACGCUUCCAACGUCAGCAUCUGCAUCCCCGGGGCGAAUAAUCCCGGCAACCGUCACCUUGUCCGGUGGAAAGCGAUCCGCAUCUACAUCGCUGAGCGGGGCUUUGUGGUUCAUCCACCCACGUGGAAAUCGUUGGCCGUUCACACCAACGGUCGAACGCGCAUCGAUCGACGGUAGCAUCGUCGCCGCGCCAGUAACAGCAGCGCAGCAAUCAUCAGCAGCUAAACCAACUGAUAACAGGUCUCACAUCGAUUCUGCUACUGAAGCUGGCGGCAACACCAGACCGUACCUGAGGAUUGCAACGAAAGAUCAGACUGACAACGAUAUGCUAUCCUUCCACGUGACCCCCUUCGCACCGGACCAGAAUCAGAACGAGUUGUUACAACAUGUUCACGACAUCACCAAUGUUGAUCUGACUCAAGUGAAAGUCACCAAACUAGUCCCACGCGGAAAGAGUCUGGAUGAUCUUACAUUCGUCUCUUUCAAAGUGACCGUACCCAAAACGGCAUCGGAGGUGGACGCACCGUAUCAGGCACUAAGGAAGUUCCCAAUCCACCUGUCACAGUCGGGCUGCAUCCUGAGCUCAACUACCAACAUCGAAGUCGUCCUGGUCCUGUGUUCAGUUCUGGAGUUGGGGGCUUCCAAACUGCCCUUUCAGGUCACAAGUUUUUCAGCCGUUGGAGUGUACUACGAACCAGAAUGCAAGAACAAUUUGGAUGAAUUGGAUCAUGCAGUGGUGGCGGUUGGAUACGGAAAACUCAAAGAAGAAGAUUACUGGUUAAUCAAGAACUCCUGGUUCAACUACUGGGGCAACGAUGGAUAUACUUUGAUGGCGGUGAAGGGUAACAACUGUGGCCUCACCACCGAUUUGUAA